GGUGAAUAUUGCCCACUUUCCUUGCGCAUUGAUCUCUUAUCUUCUUCUAUGGGGCAUGAGUGGUAGUAUAUCCUCAUCCUGGAUUGAGCUUGUACGGUCCGCAGCCAAAUUUCAACGGUUCACAGCGCGUCCCCUCAGAUCGAAACAUCUAACCCAUAACCCCACCACUGUCUCCCCUCAGACCUUGGGUCGUCUUUUUCCGUUUGUCCUAUUGCUAGGUGCAGGCUCAUCAUGAGUAAAUUCACAUCCAGCAAGGCGUCAUCGCUGCUUGAUGAUACAAAUCCACCAUAUCCAGACGCUCAGCGCAUGGGAAUUCUAUCGAGGACAUUCAGCUCAAGUCAAGUCAUUAGAUGGAUCAUCCCAGCCAGAAUCAGGUCUCCCUUCAAGAGUGAUGUCGUCUUUGUCGGCGAGACAUUUGUUCAACUUCGUGAAUUUCUGGAGAAUGGCCAGCUGGCAGAUGCUACUGCCAAACUGGACUUUGGAACCCAGAUCCUUGCCGCAAAGGUGAUCUCGGCCAGGGUCGAAGUCGUCCCCGUCGUUGAUGCCCUCUUAUCUUACGGCCGCGACCAGGAACGCUACAUGAUCGAUGGCCGACCAGUCAAAGGAACCGAGCCGCCACAAAUUCUUGUUCUCUGUACGUUUGAUAAUGAAAUGAUUUACCUCUAUGCAAAGGAUGGUCCAGGCGGCGACACAAAGUUCUUUUUUGCAAAGCGCUCUCUCUACCCAGGAUUGGUGCUACCAGAUAGGCAAUGCCAACAUAUGGCUGUUGACCAAGACUCCCGCGCGCUGGCUGUAGCCUCCUCUUCUGGCUACGUCGCGACCUUUUCCCUUCAAACAAUUCAUAAUGUCAGAUCUCAAGUGGAUGAGUGGGAACCUCACAAGCCUCGCUCAUUUCAACCAUGGCACGAGCAACGUUUUAUUCAAGUCGAUGGCAGCAUUCUGAAAAUGGAGUUUCUGCGUAGCUCCGAUACUGAGCUCUCCAAGGUCUUACUACUUCUACUGGUUGAUUCUGGUGAAGAAACUCACCAGAUUCUUUACAAGUGGGACACGAGACAUCCAUUGCAAAAGAUGAGGUCAAUGAGCUGCAGUGGCAGGGCGUUGAAGGAGGACCGAUUUCCUUUGAUGCUGAUUCCAUCCACGCGACCAUAUUGCUUCGUUGUGGUGAUGGACACCGGCAUCAGCUUUUACGAAAAUAUCCACACGCACGACUUCAAGCGUAUUAAUUGCCGUUUCAUGAAGCCCACAGCUGGUCCUCUGGUGUGGGUGCAGUGGGCAAAACCUCGGCGGCAUACCGGCCACCUUGAGAAACGCGACGAUCUUUUCAUUGUUAGAGAGGACGGAAUGCUGCAGCAAUUUCUCAUUGAGAAAGCGUCAAAUCUCAAAUUCAACAUGAAUUUCAUCGUGGGAUAUCUCGAUAUUAAUGUGGAUACGGCAUUCUGCAUGCUAGCAGGGCCGCCGGGAAUGGGAGGAGACGUUCUUAUUGCUGCCGGCGAUAUGACUGAUGGGGGAGUCUAUCAUCUCCCAGCUCGAGGUGUUCCAACAAGAAUUCAGGUUAUUCCAAACCUUGCUCCUCUCCACGACAUGGUGAUUGGGGCCCAACUUCCUGAUCCAGUGCCACAGCAUAGCGAGACAGGGCGAGAACAGCCGGAACGACUGUAUCUAUGCGGAGGCAAAGAUGAAGCACAUGGCGAGGUUUCAGAACUCCGCUAUGGCUUGGAGGCCCAAAUGAUUUGGACCAUGGACUGUCCAGACGCUAACACAAUCGAUCACAUGUCAACGAUUGAGGUGCCACUGCAGCAAAAGCUCCUGUUCGUUGCUUCUCACAACACCCACACCACAGUGAUAAUAUUCGACCUAGAUACGCAGGAGUCAGAGUUUGCCGAUGCCACCAGUCUUCCCAGAUUCGACUUUAAUAGCGCAACGCUCGCUGUUCGCUUGUUCGCCAACCAUUACCUCAUUCAAAUCACCCACAGCGGUGUUGUGGUCGUCGACAUGAGCUCAAAAGAUGAUGCCCGGGAUCAUGACAUGCAAGAUCCAAGGAGCUUCAGCCACGCAGCAAUAGCUGACGAUGGAACAGUUGCUUUGGUCGUCAGAAAUCCUGGAGGAUACGAAGUCGAAGUAGCAGCUAUCCAACCAUGCGAAUCAGAAGCCCCAGUCGUAAGGUAUGGUCCAUCUAACACAAUUCUGUCAAGCCUAGGCGAAGUGACUUGCCUUUGCCAUGUAAUGCAUGGCAGUGCAUCAUUGAUCAUUAUUGGGACAAGCACGGCAAGAGUCAUUGGCUACAAUGUCAAGCAAGACAUGACUUUGGAGCCCGCUUUUGAAUCCGACUUGACUUCAGGUGCGUCUGACAUUGAAGUCGCGCCGAUCGCGUCGCUUGCUGUCCUCAGCCCAGAAGGCUCUAAGUUGAGUCUUCUCCUUGUUGGGCUCCGCAAUGGCAUCUUGCUCUGUUUGCAAUUGAAAAUUGGCGGAUCCUCAAUACCGAAUCCAACGCUCUUGAGUCAUCGCCGAUUGGGUCCAACAACUGUGGACAUAAUGCCCGAGAAGAAUUCCUUAGGCCCUCAUCCUCCAUCAUCAGCACUCGUUCUCUGCCAGAGCCAACUGUAUCGGAUCACCCUUCAUCAUGCUACAACCUCGUUGGACUUUACCAUGUCGUCGGUCUGGUUGACCAACAGAAUAGAUCCUACAGCAGGUCAACCUGACAUCAAUGCCUCACACCGCAUCCCUCAGCUCACCGGUCACUACACAGAUCCCGGGGGGUUGCUUGUAUGUGCAGGAGAUGAUGAGCUCUACUUUGCGUCUCUUGUCUCUGAGGAGCAUAGUCUUGCAACCAGGCGAAGAGUCGAUGGGGUGCCACGGCGAAUUCUCUUCUCAAACUCUCUGAACCAUUUUGCCAUUGCGGUCGAGAAGAGUGUUCGUGUCGACAAAUUUUCCAUGGAUACUUAUACAAAUCCCAAUCCAGGACAACAGAUCGGUCUCAAGUCUCCAAACGGCAGCAAUUUACAGAGAGCUUCCGGGUUCGAGGAUGUGGUUCAAAUCAGCCUACAGUUCGCGCGACAAGACUUGGGUUCAACAGACGAAAUCGAGCCAAUAAUUGUGGAUGACAAGAAUGCUCGGCUCAAUGCGAUGAUUGAAUGGCAGUUUCGUGAUGGUAAGGAUGUGCAUUCGUGGAUUGUCAUGGCUUUGGAACAGAUUGAACCGAAUGAUCAUCGCCAGACCGCAGGGCGGGUGAUUGCAGUCAACACCAAAAACAUCCUACUGGGAGGUAGAUCUGUGACACCAAAGGUAUUGUAUCGAAGCAAUGCGGCUCCAGUUACGGCACUAUGCGCCUAUGGCGUGUCAUCGCUCCUCUUCUCGGCAGGUAACGAGCUCAUGUUGUUGAAGCUAUCCUAUUCCAAAAAGCAGAGCGACAUUGUGUACAAAUAUCAAUUGCCGUCCCCAGCGAGGUCGAUUUCAUGCCAGGGGUCUAUGAUCUUCGUUGCCACUAGCCAUCACUCACUGGUGGUGUUGAUUGAGAAGGACGAAAAGCUCGAACUGCACAAAACAGACAUAAAAGCGAGAAACGCAACUGACGUGGUGGCUUUUGGGGACAAUUCGGCGAUGCUGUUGAGCUUCGAUGAUCGAGGCACCCACCUUGUGGCCUUUGCGGGCUUUAACCAAGCUUCAACAAGACAGCCGGUCCCCAUCUUUCAAGCAGACCUCCCUCUCCUGAUUGAUCGAAUUCAGUUGCGUCACGAUCGAAUAUCAAGAGGGGGAGCGCACCAUCGGUUCUUCGGGUCGACCACGGAUGGUACGAUCUAUCACUUAACCACGAUUCAGCAUCACGAAUGGAAAUUACUACACUUCUUGGAGGAACAAAGCCAACUCUACAAACCACCACAUAAACCAGCACAGGUGCGAAGGAAGAAGCUCGAUGGAUCGGGGUACAUGUGGCAACCUGCGAUGAGACUGACUGAUCUCCAUGUUCGUGGAGACCGUUUGCUGAUGAUGGUCGAGCCUGGGCCAUACAAUCUGCGCCGAGUCCUCAAGAAUCAGGACCAGCUGGAACGUUUCCAACAACUGGCUCGGCCUGUCCUGCGUGCAGACGUGGACGAUCCUGUGGAAGCUAUCACGUGUUGGCUGAGAGGGAUCCUGAGGUUUCCUCCGAAUUUUCCCUCUUGAGACAAGGGUCAGCCUGGGGGCGGUUGGUGCAGACGGAUUUGAUGAUUAGCCGAACAGAUGUCAGGUGAGAGCCCAGGGAUUUGGAGACUGGCAUUUGAGUAGGCUGAAUUCAUGAUCGUGACAUUGUAGAGCACGAUGAGUCACCAGAGCGGUGUCAAGCAGCAGCCUGCUGGCAGGGAGACUACGAGAAACAUGACUCACUUGUUGAAGGUUGGUUGACUUCGUGCUAUAGGCGUUGUUUGGGGCGGCAAGCUGUAAAUAUAGCAGGCAACAAUUGUUAGACUCGUCAUGGUUCACUUUAGGCGCACACGGAAG